UCAAGUGGGUGCCAAUCAAAGCAUCAACUUCAAAUUGUAUCUGAAAGAUCAGCCGAGGACCUUAGGGCAGGCGCAUCAGUCGGAGCUCAAUUGUUGAUCAGAUCACAUCUGAGGGAUUUAGGAGGCGAGAUUGGAGGGAAGGCGCCCCGCCGAGUCCGUCCACACGCCGCUGCCUCCUCCUCCUCUACCUCCUCCUUCUUCAAGAGAGAAAGAAGCGGAGAAGAGGAAAAGCCCGAGCGGAGCCCCAAAGCAGAGAGGGCUCGAGCGGGUGGCCAUCCCCCCUCCCCUCCGAGUGAGAAGGAAAGGAGAAAGAGAGAGCCGCCCCUCUUCUUUCUCCGGCAUGUCCUUCCCUCAGCUGGGCUACCCGCAAUACCUCAGCGCCAGCUACGGCGGGACUGACCGGCCUGGAGUGCUGGCCGCCGCCGCAGCCGCAGCAGCAGCAGCCGCCGCCGCUUCAGGCCGCCCCGGAGGAGGAGGCGGCGGCGGAGGAGGAGGAGGAGGCGGAACAGAGCUGAGCGGCGGCGGAGGCUCCACGGCGGCCGUCACCUCGGUGCUGGGCAUGUACGCCGCCGCUGCCGCCGCCGCCGGGCCUUACAGCGCCCCCAACUACAGCGCCUUCUUGCCCUACACCGCCGACCUCAGCCUCUUCUCGCAGAUGGGCUCCCAGUAUGAGCUGAAGGAGAGCCCUGGCGUUCACCCUGCCACCUUUGCUGCCCACACCACCCCGGGCUAUUACCCCUACGGGCAAUUCCAGUAUGGGGACCCCGGGAGGCCCAAGAACGCCACCCGAGAGAGCACGAGCACCUUGAAGGCCUGGCUCAACGAGCACCGCAAGAACCCCUACCCGACCAAAGGCGAGAAGAUCAUGCUGGCCAUCAUCACCAAGAUGACCCUCACCCAGGUCUCCACCUGGUUCGCCAACGCCCGCCGCCGCCUCAAGAAGGAGAACAAGGUCACCUGGGGGGCGCGGAGCAAGGAGGACGACCACAUCUUCGGCAGCGACAACGAGGGCGACCCGGAGAAGAACGAAGACGACGAAGAGAUCGACCUGGAGAGCAUCGACAUCGACAAAAUCGACGAGAACGACGGCGAGCAGAGCAACGAGGAGGAAGAGGAGAAAGCCGAGCUCUUGCGGCAGCGAAGCGAAGAAGAGGAGCAGCUGGAGAAGAAGGCCAAAGAGGGGAAGGAGCCCUCGGACAACCCGACGCGCCUCCUGAGCCCCAGCAGGCAGAACAACCUCCCGGGCCCGCUCCACAACAAGCCCAAGAUCUGGUCCUUGGCAGAGACGGCCACCAGCCCGGACGGGGCCACGCUGGCCAAGCCCGCCGCCCCUUCGCCCCCCAACCACGCCUCUGCCCAGCUCCAGCACCCGGCUUUCCUCCCCAGCCAUGGACUCUACACUUGCCAGAUUGGGAAAUUCCACAACUGGACCAAUGGCGCCUUCCUCGCCCAGAGUUCCCUCCUAAACGUCCGGUCCUUUUUGGGAGUUAACCACCACCACGCCGCCGCUGCCCAUCACAACCACCCUCUUCCCGCCCAACAGCAACAACAACCCUCAGCUCAAAGAUUAACGACCCUCAGCGUUGAGAAGGCUUCAGAGAGGACCAGCCCCAAACACAUAGAAAGAGAAAACCUACCAAGGACUGACUCUCCUCCUCAGCAGUUAAAAUCUCCUUUUCAGCCUGUCCGGGACAAGUGAGUUCUUGUUCAGUGAAAUUUACUUAAAGGCAAGAGAGUGCUGGGAUAAUACAGACUAAUCCGAGCACACCCUCAUUAUCAUAAAUCAAAGCAACAAGCCAGCUUUGCAGAGGGGCAGAACUUGACCAAACUGUGUGUGUGUGUGUGCUUUUUGAAUCCCACCACCAACAACAACAACAACAACGUGUCACCUUGCAUUAAUUUGCUGUAACAUAGAGAUAGAGAUAUAUAUAUGUGGAGAGAGAGGGAGAAAAGAGAGAAAGAGAGAGAGAGAUCCUUUCCCUAGAUGCAGAUGGGGAGCUUUCCCACUGAUAGAUGGGUCUGUCUUUUCUUCCCCACAGCUCUUUGACUCAGCAAGUGAAUUUUAAUCUCUCUUUUGUGCUCCCCUCUCUCUCUCUUGAAUUUUUUUUUGGGUGGAAAGGAACAUUUCACAGACUGACUUAAGGACAAAAAUAUUGGAAAGAAUCUAACUGACUUCCUGGUUUUUUUGUUUGUUUGUUUUGCAAUCCAUUUGAAAUC